UGACCUACAAAAUGUCUUCAAAGCAACCCUGUCAUACAAUUUCGCGCAUUUUCUAAACAACAAAAUCAAUAAAUAAAAAAAACAACUAAAGUUAGCAAGCAAAUGAUUAUUCUAGAUUUAAGACUGCUUUUGAGUUAAGUCACAACAGAAAAAUACACAUAAAUUGUAAAUACAACAGGUGUAGACACAACAUAAAGAAUUCAUUCAGUGACGGUGAUAUAGUCUAUAGUCUGACCGAGUGAGAAAGGAAAAUACAGGAAUAUGGGCAGCAAGCUAGAACUUAUUGAACAAAUACUUUCCUAGAAUUUCUGCAUCAAGUGAGAACGCUUCCAUUAAUACAAGACAGAUUUUUUCAUAUAAAUUUUAGAAAAUGAGCAAAUCAAAGGCUUCAAAAUCAAAGGUUCCAGAAAGUCAACUUAAGAUUUCAACUUUCUUUGGGAGAAAGGCAGCAGUUACAAAACCCACCAGCAAACUUUUCACUAAUAUUACUACAGCUCCAGUAAAUGGGAGUAAGAAGAGGGAGUUGAUGUCAGGUCACGAUCACAAUGCUCAUCUUAAACAAAAUCAACUUCAAGCAAAAGGUAAAGAAAACAUUUCAGUGAUUUGCAUUGAUGAUGAUGAUGAUGAUGAUGACAAUGACAUUGCAAAUGAGAGUGUGAAGAAGUCACCUACAGAGAGUUUUGAUAAUUCUUGUGCCAUUGAAGCCAAGUCCAUCAGUUUAACUAACGUUGAAACUAGUUUACCUCAGUCUCCUUUCACUCCUACCAAAUCUGGCAACCAACUUCGUAGCACGAGUGGCAACAGCCCUGACAUAAUUUGUGAUACUCCAGGGGAAGACACUCUGCUCUCUAGUAGGCCUAGAAAAACUUUCUCGAGUAGAAGUUUUCUCCUAUCUUCUGAUUCCCUUUGUGCCCCGCCUGGUAAGAAACAGUUACAAACAUCAUUCAAGAAACGAAUGGGUAAAACAUUUCAAAGCAUCAGCGUUCAGUUUAAUCCAACUUGCACAAAGUUUACGGGCAGUGAAACAACGGGAAUCAACAUUGCUGAAGAUAUUUCUUUUAGUAGUGAGUGCGACAAUUCUGAUGGCAAUCAAAGUGUUUCAGAAUCUUCAGUCUUGCCAAAGCCGGACACGAUUGGUCUAAACACGAAGGAAUCGCAUACUGAAAAAUAUAACCUUGGCAAUGCAAAUAAUGCUAUGCCAAACUUGGUCCAGCCUUUCAAGAAUAAUUUGCCUGACAAAAAUAUUCAGGACAUUGUUUUGCAAGAAGGAAGACAGUGGAAAGAAGUUAAUCUGGAUGACAUUUUAAAACCAAGUGAGGAGAGUAGAUAUAACAAUGAAUCAUUUAAUCAAGAUUGUCUUGAUUCUAAGGAGGCUUGUGCUAAGAACCUGCUGAAGUCCAACACAACUGCUUCAUCUUCUGGUAAAUUAACAGUCUUGAAAACUAAGUCAUGGUCAAAGUCGGACAAUAAUUAUUCCACUUUACAAGUACAAAAUAAACCAGCGGCAAAACUUUUAGAUGCUCUAGAAAAUCCUGAAAUGAAAGCUGAUCAAACUGAAACCUCCAAGUGGAUCAGUAGACAACUGAUGCAACACAUAACGGAUAGCAGCAGUUUGGUGAACAUGGGGGAGGUAACUGUUGCUGGUGAUAACCAAAAAGACACCACUCCUAAAAAAGUUUAUGAAGGCUCCCGACUUACCAUAAAGAGACAAGCUAAACCUGGGUCAUCCCCCUCUUCGAAACGUCUGCCUCAAGGUGGCACUGCUAGCUUAAAAGAUGAGAAAAUCCCCGGCAAAGAUUUGAACAUGGCGUCGUGUCUACAUAUAGAUCACGUUAAACGAGCUCUGUGUUUAGAAGACGGAAUACAUGAGGUUGAACUCAAUGGGUCCAGUGAAAGACGAAGCAAGUUUACCAAAGAGCGAGCUUAUCAGUUUGGUUUGAAAGAGAAAGACACAUCUUCUACUGGAGAUAACAAAGUUACUCUUAAAAACGAUAAAGAUUUAGCAGAAUUGUUAAAUUCAAUAUCGCCAUCAAUAGUAAACCAUGCUAAACACAGUUCAAUGGCAAUAAAGAAACCUUCAAAACUUAGCAUUGCCACUGAAGGUAAAAAAAAUCUUGUUGAAAAGAACAAGAUGGAUAUUUUAGACAUGCAGAAAACCAGAAAUUUAAAUGCCAGUGAUAUGGAAAUGUUGGAUCAGUUGUUCGGUCCGGAGGAAGACAGUGAACCAAUCAGUACCCAGGUUCGUUUAACAGACACGCAGACUAAGGUCUUAGGAAAUUUAGAAAAACAACAACGUUUGUUUAAUAAUGAGGUUAUAGUUAUUGAUGAUUUAGAGUCUCCUACAAAACAAGACUGUAUUGAAAUUUUUGAUAGCAUGGAAGUAGUUAUUGCCCCUGAAGAUGAUGGCAUAGUGAGAUCAUUGCCUGCAAAUGAUAUGGAUCAUAAACGUAAAAAGGGGGAUAAUCCCAGAAAAGAUGAAACUAAAACAAGUCAAGAAACGGAGCCAACUGACAUAGGAUGUGAAAGCAAUAGUGUUGAUCCAUUGGCUGACAGGAUCAAGGCUGUGGGGUUUGAGUCACUUGAAAUGUUGGACAACUCCACUCUUAGUAUGAACAGCCCUGCUGUUGGUAUAAACAGCUCUGCUGCUGAUCUAGGCCAGGAGGAUGUCCAGCUAAAAUUACUUGAUGAUUCCCAUAUCAUUAAGCCAGAUAGUGAAGAGUUUAACGAUGAAAUGCUUCACUUCUCUCUAGAUGUUUUUGAUGACUGUGAUAAGAACUUACAAACAUCAAAAUCCACUAAAUUCAAUGGAAUACUUCAAAAGGAGUUUAGGUUCACUGACCUUUGGCAGAGAUUUACUGUGACAGAUGUUUCUUAUGACAGUAAAAAUGAUGAGAAAGUUCUUAGUUUGUCAAGUGAUAAAACUAAUCAGCAAUGUAGCUGUGUCUUGAGAGGCUUUUGGGUUGACACGAUAGUAGCGAAAAAUGAUGUAGUAAAUAUUAUUGGAGAGUUUGAAAAUGGCAAGUGUGUUCUUACAGAUUGUAAUGGCCUACUUAUAGUUAAUCCUGAUCUACUGCUAUCUGGCACUUUGGUUGUGUCAUCAUUGUUCUGUGCUAGGAAGUCUGUGUUGAAAGAAAAAUUUCAAGGCAUAGAAAAAGGAAACAUCCAGAUGCUCUACGGCAGCAUCAUUCACAGCCUCUUUCAGCAAACAGUCAAAGAAAACAUCAGAGAUGAGAAGAAAAUCAUUGCCAAAGCUCAUUCUCUGCUCAAUUCCAGCAAGUUUUUACAUGAAAUGUACGGCCAAGGUGUCGAGGAAGCAAAAGUUAUGGAAGAAAUUACUAGCUACAUACCCUCACUGAUCACCUGGUUGAAGAAGCAUACAGAGUUCACAUGGCCGACAAAUCUAGGCAAACAAAGUGCUAAUGUUGUGGUUAAAGAGAUCCAUGACAUAGAAGAAAAUUUCUGGUCACCAAGAUUUGGUCUAAAGGGCAAGAUUGACAUGACUGUUAAAGCAGAACUGAAGAGUGCGAAUACCUCAAGUGAAAUUAAAAUUUUACCUUUGGAGCUUAAAACAGGCAAAGCAUCUUUCUCAUCAGAGCAUAAAGGGCAAGUGACAUUGUAUUCAAUGAUGUAUUCUGAUCGAAGGAGGGAGCCAGACGAGGGGAUCCUACUCUAUCUAAAAAAUGGAGACAUGCAAAUCGUCCCAGCUAAACCAGAAAGUAAAAGUGGCCUGAUACAACUUAGAAAUCAGCUAGCUCACUAUUUGAACAGUCAGGUGCAACGAGAAACAUCAGAGAACAAUUCUGUGACCUAUUCUCUGGGCCAACUGCCUCAACCUAUUAACAAUCCACGUUUUUGUGGCAAUUGUUCCCAGUUGUUGAACUGUAGUAUUUAUCAAAGAUCAGUAGAACAAUGUGCUCCCAGCAAAGAUGAAAGCAUGAAUUCACUUCUAGAUGAAGCCAUAUCACACCUGGACUCAGAAGAAUUAGCUUAUUACAAGUAUUGGAUGCUGUGCUUAGAUUUAGAAAUGAUCAAGAAAAAUCCAAAAGAAAUUUGGUGUCGCUCCAGUAGUGAAAGAGAACAAAAUGGAGAUUGCAUUCAGAAUUUGUCCAUCACUGAUUCUACGCUGGGGAUCCCAGACUCUCAAUUUCUCACAGAAGGGGAAGGUUGUUCCUUAACCUUUACACGUGAAUCAGGCCCACCUCUCAAUGCUGUGGGAUUCACUUCUGGAGAUCUGGUAGUUGUCAGCAGUGAGGAUGGCAGAUAUAUUGCUCUGACUACAGGGUUUAUACGCAACAUCACUUCAAGCUGUGUUGAAGUUGUUGUAGACAGGGACUACCUUCAUGACACCAGUCAUUUUGAAAACCUGAAAUUUCGAUUGGACAGAAAUGAUGGACUGAGUACAUCAGGAUAUUUGUAUACAAAUAUGUCAAGGUUAAUGGAGUCGUCUGCUAAAAUGAAACGUUUGAGAGAACUUGUUAUAAAGAAAAGUCAGCCUCACUUUGAGUUGAAACUUUCCAAAUCUUUAGUGGAGAGAGUGAAACCAAUAUUCAAAUUAUUAAAUAAACCACAGAGGUCUGCCAUUUUGAAAGUUUUGAUGGCCAAGGAUUAUGUUUUGAUCAAAGGUUAUCCUGGCUCUGGUAAAACUUCAACAAUUGUUGCCUUAGUGAAAAUAUUGCACCUUAGUGGUCAGUCAGUACUGUUAACUAGUUUCACUCAUUCUGCAGUGGACAACAUUCUUCUGAAAUUAAAGCAGGAUGGUGUCAGGUUCUUAAGGCUUGGAAGAAAAGGUCGCAUUCAUGCUCAAAUUUUGCCGUACUCUGCUGAAGUUGUCUCCACCUCCCCCGAUGUUAAGGAUGUACAGAAACUCAAGUCAUUGUAUGAUUCAUAUGACAUUGUAGCCACCAGCUGUUUAGGAAUCAACCAUCCCAUCUUCAACCACCGGAAGUUUGAUGUGUGCAUUGUGGACGAAGCUUCUCAGAUUCUACAACCGGCUUGCAUGGGGCCCAUUUUUUAUAGCAGCAAAUUCGUGUUGGUUGGAGAUGCCAAGCAGCUGCCUCCAAUUGUGCAGUCUAAAGAAGCCAAAAAUUUAAACAUGGAUGAAAGUCUUUUCUCCAGAUUGGAAAAUUGCGGGGCCACGUUUGACCUUAACUUACAGUAUCGCAUGAACAGAGUCAUCAUGGAACUUAGUAACAAGCUGGUUUACAGAGGAAAGCUUGAGUGUGGAAGUUUAGAAGUAGCAAAUAAAACUCUCGACAUUGACCUAGAAGAAAUUCAGACUAGCCCAAACUGGAUGAAAGAAGCACUGUCUCCUUUGCUAGAAAAGUCGGUGAUUUUUCUGGAUACACAACAGAUGCUGUCAACAGAAACAGUGGAUGGUAAAGGUUUAAUAAACACUGGGGAAGCUGAUCUGGUCAUCAACCUGCUGUUGACUCUUAUAAGGGCAAAUGUAAAUCCUGAAGUUAUAGGAGUCAUUGCCCCUUACCGAUCACAAGUCAAAUUAAUUCAGUUCAAAGUUCAAGGUUAUGAAAAUCUGGGGGAAGUAGAGGUCAACACAGUGGAUCAGUAUCAAGGAAGAGACAAGAAUGUCAUCAUAGUUUCAUUUGUCCGUACCAAGAAUGAUAACAUGGGAGAACUGUUGAAAGAUUUGAGACGUUUAAAUGUGGCCAUGACGAGAGCAAAACACAAGCUGAUUUUCGUUGGCCAUGUGAAGACUUUACGCUCCUACGAGCAUAUGGCUCAGAUCAUUUCUCACUUGGAGGAAAGCAAGAAUAUAUUAUCUGUUCCAGAGGUAUUUCAGGUUUAACAAUUUUAGAAUAGAUAUUUGCUGGAGUCCUAUAUAUUGAAAAAUAUAUUGAAUUGUAUAUAUUUAAUUUUUAAAUUUUAUGAACUGUAUUAAAUUAUGUGGGUUUUUUUCUUGUACCUAAAUUGUUUAUAAUCCUCUGCAUUGAUUUUGUUUAUGUAAUCCUAGAGGGAGACAUGGUGGUUGAGUGGUAAAGCCCUUUACUUCUGAACUGGACAACCCGGGUUUGAAUUCUGGAUUUUAAAUUUCGGGAUCUUUAGGGCACUUUGGAGUUUACCCAACUCUAAUGGGUACCUGACAUUAGUUGGGGAAAAGUAAAGGCCGGCCAGUUGGUCAUUGUGCUGGCCACAUGACACCCUUGUUAACCCCAAGCCUCAGAAACAGAUGACCAUGUCACAUCAUCUGCCCCAUAGAUCUCAAGGUCUGAAAGGGGAACUUUACUUUUUAACCCUACUAGAAAUAGGCAAUGACUAUUGAACACAAACUGUAUUAAGUUAAAGGUACUUUUUAAAUUACUGGUAUUAUUUUUUAAAGUAAACAAUAAGUCAAACUACUUCACAUUCAUAGCACUAAUAUCUGAGGUCAAAAGUUGACAACUUUACUCAAGACCUUUGGCUUGUUAGUAUAUUUUAAAUAGUGAACCAGAGUAUUUUUUUUACAAAGUAGGCAGCAAGUUAUACAUUUUUCACAUUAUUUAUUUGAAAUAAUAAAAUGUUGAUAUCACUCAUAA